CGUCCGCUGCGAUUGGCACGGAUUUCGCCUUCACUGGUAGCCUGGUAACAUACACUCCCAGGUCUUUCUCUGCCUCUGUGGUGGAUAGUGGAGUGUUUCCCAUGUGGUAUUGGUGUGCUGGAUAUCCCUUCACUGGUAGCCUGGUAACAUACACUCCCAGGUCUUUCUCUGCCUCUGUGGUGGAUAGUGGAGUGUUUCCCAUGGGGUAUUGGUGUGCUGGAUAUCCCUUCACUGGUAGCCUGGCAACAUGUACUCCCAGGUCUUUCUCUGCCUCUGUGGUGGAUAGUGGAGUGUUUCCCAUGCGGUAUUGGUGUGCUGGAUAUCCCUUCACUGGUAGCCUGGUAACAUACACUCCCAGGUCUUUCUCUGCAUCUGUGGUGGAUAGUGGAGUGUUUCCCAUGCGGUAUUGGUGUGCUGGAUAUCCCUUCACUGGUAGCCUGGUAACAUACACUCCCAGGUCUUUCUCUGCAUCUGUGGUGGAUAGUGGAGUGUUUCCCAUGCGGUAUUGGUGUGCUGGAUAUCCCUUCACUGGUAGCCUGGUAACAUGUACUCCCAGGUCUUUCUCUGCCUCCGUGGUGGAUAGUGGAGUGUUUCCCAUGCGGUAUUGGUGUGCUGGAUAUCCCUUCACUGGUAGCCUGGUAACAUACACUCCCAGGUCUUUCUCUGCCUCUGUGGUGGAUAGUGGAGUGUUUCCCAUGUGGUAUUGGUGUGCUGGAUAUCCCUUCACUGGUAGCCUGGUAACAUACACUCCCAGGUCUUUCUCUGCCUCCGUGGUGGAUAGUGGAGUGUUUCCCAUGCGGUAUUGGUGUGCUGGAUAUCCCUUCACUGGUAGCCUGGUAACAUACACUCCCAGGUCUUUCUCUGCCUCUGUGGUGGAUAGUGGAGUGUUUCCCAUGUGGUAUUGGUGUGCUGGAUAUCCCUUCACUGGUAGCCUGGUAACAUACACUCCCAGGUCUUUCUCUGCCUCUGUGGUGGAUAGUGGAGUGUUUCCCAUGUGGUAUUGGUGUGCUGGAUAUCCCCUCCGAAGAUGCAUGACUACAUUUUUCUUCAUUGAAUUGUAGCAGCCACUUUUUGUUCCACUCCUGUAGCUUGGUGAGGUCUUCUUGUAGGGAAUCCACAGCCAAGGGGUUAAAAUGGAGAUUAGACAAGGUGGAGAACAGAUACUGAAUAGCCGGAUCAUCUCAAAAGCUGCCAUGUGUCCGGACUAACUGACCUCAUGUGUCCUCAAUGUUUCUUAUGUGUCCCUGUGUCCUUAUUGUGGAGGUGGAAGACUAGCUGA